UAGCGGCACUCAGCGAUUGUUAUUUUUUUUAGGUUACAAAUUCUAUACAAAAUCUACAAAAAAUGGCGGCGGCUAUGCCAAUUAACCCAAAACCUUUCCUCAACAGUUUAACAGGAAAGUCUGUGUUAGUUAAACUAAAGUGGGGACACGAAUAUAAAGGUUUGCUGGUCUCAGCUGAUGGCUACAUGAAUUUGCAAUUAGCAAACACAGAGGAAAUAGUUGAUGGUGGUUGCACAGGUAAUCUCGGAGAAGUUUUGAUUAGAUGUAACAAUGUUUUAUAUGUAAGAGGCGCAGAAGAAGAAGAUGAGGAAGGGGAAAUGAAGGAAUAAAGUUCUGUGUGAUAAAAGACAAUGUCAAUAGAUAUAAGUUUUCACUAAAUACUGGCUACAAGUGUGUGAAAGUCAAGUAUUUACUACCGUAAACAUCUAUUUCCAUUUAAAUAUAAGCUACUACUAAAUAA